CAGAGCAUUGCAGAGCAUUGUAAGAGCAUCGCAGAGCAUCGCAGAGCAUUGUAAGAGCAUCGCAGAGCAUUGUAGAGCAUUGUAGGAGCAUCGCAGGAGCACUACCAUGCAUACAAGACUUCUUCCUCGCCUCACCAUGUUACGUCUACCCCCUACAUCUUUGCCUCGCUACAGUACCAAUGCAACCCGUACACCAUGCUACCACCACAAUCCCGGUUCGCAACAUCGCUGUUACCUACCAAAACGCCCCGCAGCACCCUGGCCCCUUGCCAGCUGCUGCGUGUGUCGAUCCUGGCUGGCGGCAUCUCGACGCGCCUACUCGCUCAUCCGUCCUCGUAUCUCACACGGGCCCGGUACUUGCAAUACGACUUGUUGGGCCACGGCGGCACGCUCCUCGUAUCCCACCCGCUCACAACACCGUCCAUGGCUCGUCCUCGUAUCCCACCCGCUCACAAUACCGUCCAUGGCUCGUCCCUGCCGUCCCCGUGCUGAGAUGGCGACGAACAGGCGUCUGGAGUUUGGAGGGUUCAUUGUCGUCUUUCCGAGUCGGCGUGGAACAUGUCAUCGACGCAGCUCAGGCGUAGACUGGUAAGGCACAUUUGCUCAACACCAUGACGACAACUAUGCUCACCACCAUGACGACAACUAUGCUCAACACUAUGACGACAACUAUGCUCAACACUAUGACGACAACUAUGCUCAACACCAUGACAACUAUGCUCACCACCAUGACGACAACUGUGCUCAAUGCCAUGACGACAACAAGACACAAUUUGUCGUGUUC